CAGAGAAGAGACUCGUCGGGUACAAGUCGCUCAAAUUGAAAGAGAAGUACUAUGGUCAAGAAGACACAUAACAGCAUUUACCCGCGCUAACAGCGCUUUCUCCCUUCCCGGAAUUCCCGUAGCCUGGUACAGUUCAGAAACUAUGUUCAAAUCUUUCAGAUUUUACAAAUUCAACGAGUUUGUUUUCUCUCCUUUUUUUCUAUUUUUUUUCUUCCUUGUGGAGUCGCUUGUCUGCGCUGCACUUCCUUCGAAGAAGGUAGAGUUAAACUCUGUGAAGAAACAAAGCUCCCUGAGUGUGUGCUGAUGUCAUUUCCGUCGAAUGAGGUCUAAUUUUUGAAGCUUCAAAUUGGUACUAUCGCUUUGCUAUUAAAUAUAUAAAACGCAAAUCAAUGCAAUUUCUCCUUCUGCGUAUUUUACUGCAAUGUAAUAAACAUAAAAAUGUGUAAUGUCCCACAAUAAGUCUAAUUUAGUAAGAUCUCUGAAGCCCAAAGUACAGUGACAAUCAGUCCACAUGGUGUCACCAAAGAUCUUUGGUAAUGUUCUGUCUGGUCGCUGUAAGCGUAAUCAACAAACACACUUCCGUCAAAUAAGGGCGGAUAUUGCCCUCAACAUCCGGUAGGUGAGGUCACACGUAAACACAUGGCCGUACGAAACAUUGUACUGUGUUACAUUUUUGGUGGAAGAAGUAUAGAGCUUUAUACACAUUCACACGAUGAAAGUUAAAGUCCUCUCCCGGAAUCCGGACGACUAUGUCCGUGAGACGAAGUUGGAUAUCCAGCGUGUACCAAGAAAUUACGACCCGUCCCUCCAUCCGUUCGAGGUGCCAAGAGAAUACACCCGUGCCCUGAAUGCCACCAAGCUGGAGCGCGUGUUCGCCAAGCCGUUCCUGGCUUCUCUGGACGGCCACAGGGAUGGGGUGAACUGCAUGGCCAAGCACCCCAAGAGCCUCUCCACAAUGCUGUCCGGCUCCUGCGAUGGAGAGCUGAAGGUGUGGAAUCUAACCAAACGCGAGUGUGUUCGUACACUCCAGGCCCAUGAAGGCUUUGUCAGGGGGAUGGUCGUCCGCUUCUGUGGCACCUCCUUCUUUACGGUUGGUGAUGACAAGACUAUAAAACAGUGGAAGAUGGAGACUCCCGGCUACGGAGAGGAAGAGGAACCUCUCAAUACUAUUCUUGGAAAGUCUGUGUUCACCAGCAUCGACCACCACCAGAAAGGGGGUGUGUUUGUGACGUGUGGCCAGCAGGUGGAUAUCUGGGAUGAGCAACGCAGCAGCCCCAUUCGCUCCUUCUCCUGGGGUGUGGACAGUUUCAGCUGCGUCCGCUUCAACCCUGUAGAGACUGAACUUCUAGCAAGUUGUGCCUCUGACAGAAGUAUUGUGCUGUAUGACAUGAGGGAAGCGACACCUCUUAAAAAGGUAAUCAUGAAUAUGAGGAGCAACACUUUGUGCUGGAAUCCCAUGGAAGCUUAUAACUUUACCUGCUCUAAUGAAGAUUACAAUCUGUAUACAUAUGAUAUGAGGUACCUGGACAAGCCUUUCACCGUACACAUGGACCAUGUCUCAGCCGUGCUGGAUGUAGACUACUCUCCAACUGGUAAGGAGUUUGUCUCAGCCAGCUUUGACAAGACCAUCCGCAUCUUCCCCAAAGACAGUGGCCACAGCAGGGAGGUGUACCACACCAAGCGCAUGCAGCACGUCAUCUCCAUAAAGUGGUCGUCAGACAACAAGUACAUCCUGAGUGCUUCAGAUGAGAUGAACAUCAGACUGUGGAAGGCCAAUGCUGCUGAGAAGUUGGGAUUGCUGGCUCCUAGGGAGAAGGCAGCUGUGAACUACAGCCAGAAGCUGAAGGAGAAGUUCCAGCACCACCCUCAGAUCCGCCGCAUCUCGCGCCACCGCCACCUGCCCAAGUCCAUCUACAGCCAGAGCAAGGAGCUGCGUGUCAUGAAGGAGGCUCGCCGCAGGAAGGAGAGGAACGUACGCAAGCACAGCAAGCCUGGCUCCAUGCCCGUGGUGACGGAGAAAGAGAAACAUGUGGUCACCGUGGUGAAAUAGGACACCAGUGACCGUGUGGCGUUGGAGGACUGAAGGACUACUCUGCCUCUACAAACACUUGGGCCACGUUUAGACAUACACAGCUAGUUUGCAAAAUGUCGGUAUGUUUCCCAAAUUUCUCUCGUUUUCCAGAAAUUCCACGUACUUGGAUUUCCUGCUUGGUCCCUCGUGGUUCCAGGACACAGGAGGUUGGUGGCACCUUAAUUGGGGAGGAUGGGCUCGUAAUAACUGGAGCAGAAUGGGAUCAAAUACAUGGUUUCCAUGUGUUUGAUGUCAUUCCAUUUGCUCUGUUCCGGCCAUUAUUGUGAGCCAUCCUCCCCCCAGCAGCCUCCUGUAUUCCAGGAAUAUUACAAACUGGAUUUCUGACAAACCUGGCAAGUUGGGAAAGAUACCAGAAUUUUGCAACCCUGCACACACUGUUGUGGAUCCUUUCAGUUAUAUUCAUGACAAUCUAAUCUGCAACGUUCAAAAGACUGCACCCUCCUGAACACAACCCUAUCUAAAACUUUGAAAGAAUUCAUUCCACCUCUCCAAGGCUUGAUUAUAAAAGAGAAAUAUGGGUCAAUAUUGCAAAGUUUGCUAAUAUAAGUCUCCCAACUGUCAUGGUAAAACUUUGUACCCCCAGAUGAAGAUUUCAUGAAUGCUAUUGUUGGAACAGUAAUUUGGGGAUGAUAUUGUAUUGAAAUAAGAAUACACUAGAAACCAAGAAGAACAACAUGCGUCAAAUAUCACCAGAACGUUUAUUUUAGAAACUAUCUUGAAAAUGUUUGUCCUCCCUACACCACCACAUACCUUCAGCUAUUGUUUACUGAUUCAGUAACCUUAGAUAUCAUGAUGCUACGGGUUGACUAUAUUGACAGUGCUUUUUGUAUUUAUUGAUACACUGCUAAUAAAGCUGUGGUAUGAUA